AUGGAAAAUGGAACAACUUCAGAUUUAGACAUAAGUGGCAUCCCCUGCAAGAUAAACGUCAUAGGAGCCUCAAAUGUUGGAAAAACCUCUCUGAUACAAAGGUUCACAAGUAAAGGAUCCGGAUGCAUCCCUAAAUUUGAAACAAGUGGAGACGAUUGCUGCGAUGAAAAGUUCCUCUUGAGGGUGGAUGACAACAUGGUUAAUUUGAAAUUCCACGAGACAGAUAUGCAUAUGCAGCAAGAUAUCCCUAACCGAGAUUCUGACGCCUUCUUUCUUGUUUAUUCACUGGGGGAUCGUCGGUCAUUGUCAACUGCUGCAACAAUACUGCGACAAAUGCGAAAGAAAUACAAAGUGACCUCUCCGAUUUUCCUCGUGGCCAAUAAGAUGGAUCUUGUCGGCAAAGUGUCAAUUUCAAAAGAUGAUGGAAGACUUUUAGAAAAGGAAUUCAAGUGUAAAUACAUGGAAACAUCCCUUUUGCAUCAAACGGAUUUCCACAAACUGCUUCUCGAUAUUAUAAGAAAGAUUUUAGUCAAAGAUGAAUUCUAUAAUGAUGAAGAAUCCAUUAGUUUUGAGCUGGACUCUUUGCCAGUGACCAAGAAGAUCAAAGUCAAAGGACGAAUUUUAAGACUAGUGUCUAGUAUAUUCAAGUGCUGCUCAAAAUAG